GCCACAGGGAUUUCACCUCCUGCGGAUGGUAAUGGCCUCGCCGCCCUCCCGCCCCCACCUGGACUCCGACGGUGCCGGCAAGAAACGGGAGGAGGGAAGGCAACCGAUGUUUCCAGACCCGCCUUGAGCCCCACCACCACUCCCAAGCAGAGGCUGUUACCUGAGAGGAAAGUCGGCCGCUGCCCAACGACCAAACCUCCUCUCCCUAGGAUAUUCCACCUACUCCAGCCAGGCUCAAGGGCCCAGGCCGGUCCCCACUUCCGCUUCCUCACUUCCUGGCCUGGUGCAGUUCCUGUCAGGGCGUCAAGCAAGAUGGUUGCCGAUACCUGAGCUGGAGGGUACCAAGGGGAAUGAAGGGAUUAAUGCUAGGAACAUCCCAGUGAGCCAACAUUUCCCUCCUCAUCUUGGAUCCAGUCCCCAAACUCUGAAUGGUGCCACUUAGCAAGUAGCAAUGUCUCUAAUUUUCUGUAAAAGAUGCAACGUUGGCAAUCCAUUUUCUAGCAAGAGCAAAGAGAAAGGAAGAGGCCUUCACAAGUUGCAGUUGAUAUAGGGGGAAGGGUGAGUGGUACAUUUAAAGAAAGGAUUCUAAUAACUCGGUGUCAAAGCCAAGACAUAAACUCAACCCCUUCUCUUCCAAAAGCUUCACGUUACAGCAUGGAAGCUGUCGCCAAGUUUGAUUUCACUGCUUCAGGUGAGGAUGAACUGAGCUUUCACACUGGAGAUGUUUUGAAGAUUUUAAGUAACCAAGAGGAGUGGUUUAAGGCGGAGCUUGGGAGCCAGGAAGGAUAUGUGCCCAAGAAUUUCAUAGACAUCCAGUUUCCCGAAUGGUUUCACGAAGGCCUCUCUCGACACCAGGCAGAGAACUUACUCAUGGGCAAGGAGGUUGGCUUCUUCAUCAUCCGGGCCAGCCAGAGCUCCCCAGGGGACUUCUCCAUCUCUGUCAGGCAUGAGGAUGACGUUCAACACUUCAAGGUCAUGCGAGACAACAAGGGUAAUUACUUUCUGUGGACUGAGAAGUUUCCAUCCCUAAAUAAGCUGGUGGACUACUACAGGACAAAUUCCAUCUCCAGACAGAAGCAGAUCUUCCUUAGAGACAGAACCCGAGAAGACCAGGGUCACCGGGGCAACAGCCUGGACCGGAGGUCCCAGGGAGGCCCACACCUCAGUGGGGCUGUGGGAGAAGAAAUCCGGCCUUCGAUGAACCGGAAGCUGUCGGAUCACCCCCCCACCCUUCCCCUGCAGCAGCACCAGCACCAGCCACAGCCUCCGCAAUAUGCCCCAGCGCCCCAGCAGCUGCAGCAGCCCCCACAGCAGCGAUAUCUGCAGCACCACCAUUUCCACCAGGAACGCCGAGGAGGCAGCCUUGACAUAAAUGAUGGGCAUUGUGGCACCGGCUUGGGCAGUGAAAUGAAUGCGGCCCUCAUGCAUCGGAGACACACAGACCCAGUGCAGCUCCAGGCGGCAGGGCGAGUGCGGUGGGCCCGGGCGCUGUAUGACUUUGAGGCCCUGGAGGAUGACGAGCUGGGGUUCCACAGCGGGGAGGUGGUGGAGGUCCUGGAUAGCUCCAACCCAUCCUGGUGGACCGGCCGCCUGCACAACAAGCUGGGCCUCUUCCCUGCCAACUAUGUGGCACCCAUGACCCGAUGAACUCUUCAGGGGACAGAAGCUUUUUGUCUGGAGCUGCCCACAAGAAAGAGGGCAAGGAAAAAAGGCUGGACUCCAUGACUAUAUAUACAUACAUCUAUCUACAUCUGCCUGUGUACACACACAACUUUUUAUACUAGUAAUUUAUUGGCAAUUGGGCUGGUAAUUAGUUGAUGCAAAAGGGAACUCAGGUGGAGAAUAAUAUUGACACUUGCUUUUCUGCCCCCCUCAGGGGUGUGUGGAAGGCAGUGGGGGAGUUGGGAGGGGGGCAGGGAAAUGAAAUGGAGUUUUGUCCUGGCCUUCAGCUGUCACUGCUUCCUCCUUGUCUUGGGAAUUUUCACGGAGAACAACUAAGCAGAGACCACACCUCGGCACUGGACACAGAACAACAGGGUGGGGUUGAACUUGGUGGGGCACGUUCUAGCUGACCUGCAAGCCCCGCUCACCUGGAGGGCUUGCAGAGCAGCUCUCCUCCUGUUCUCCAAGGGGUGGGCACUGUUGCAUUAGGAAUUAAGGUGCAGCCCAGUGCUGCGGGCAGCCAAGCGAGUCUGAGCGGGGAUGUGAAGGCAGGACAGGGUUGGAGAGACCCUGCCUGUGCAAGGCUGGCCUCCUAGUCAACACCUAGCUGAGACAUUCAUCUCUGUUCAAAUUAAUAUUCCUUGGGUCUUUCAAAUGAAUGUUCCAAUGUGAGGAGCCAAGUACUGGGAAAUCGAGGGAUUUUCCACAAUCCCCAAGCAGCUUACUCAGUGGAACCUCUGUUUCCCCAGCUAUGAAGGAAAUAGCAUCCUACAUUCUGUAAAGUGCUUGAAAAGCUCUAGCUGAGAAUGCUGAAUUUUACAGUCAUUGUUUUAUGGUUACAAGGGUGUGUCUUCAGGGCUCUGUUCAUUUUCCCUCUUGAUUUUCUCUUUUGAAGAUGCCUUGCCCAGUGGCAUGGAAAGAAGCCCACUUGAUGAUAGGAGCCUGACUAUGAAUUGAUUGACUAAACAUGACCCCAGGUGGAAGCUGGCUUUGACACCAGCUUCCUGUUCAGUCUGACCACUGCUGUCCUCCUGCUGCCCAAGAGUUGCACCUGGAGCAAGGAACCCCACCAUGGCUGUCGCUCUCCAUCCCCUCACGCUAGAAUCAUGUGUCCAAGUGCUCACCCUGGAGGUGCACAGCACAGGUCAGCCUGGCCAGGGGCGAAGGAGACAGUAGAGAGGAAGCUCAGGGCCUUAGGGGAGGCCGGGUGCAAACCCGUUCUGCACCAAGUGCACUCGGAGUUUGUGGGUGUGGGUGUGUACCCCUGCAGGUGUGCACAUGUGUGCUUGCACGCACAUAUUUGUGCACUCCUGUGUGUAUACAUGUGUGCUUGUGUAUGCAUAUGUGUGCAUUCCUGCAUGUGUGGACAUGUGCGUGCAUGCAUCUGUGUGUCUGUGUGUGUGCUGAGACAGGAAAGGGGGUGAAAGUGUUGGUGAGGGAGCCUGGAAGUUUUCUCUUCCCCAACCUCUCUUGCUCUAAGGAGGGAUGGGGUUGGGGGCAGCCAUUAUUGAAGGUGAUCGGAGAAGAAAGAUUUUCUGACUCAGAAGUAACUGCCAGUGUAGCACAAGCAGUGUCCCUUGUGACUGUGAUUCUACAGUUCUCUGAUCCCCAUGUUUCCUUUAGAGGAAAGAGGAAAAAAGGAACUCUGUGGUGGGUAUUGGGAGGGAAAAGAAAAUAGCCUGGUGGAGGCAGGAGGGAGUCGAGUGUGAGUAAGGAGCACCUGCAGCUUUUGGAAGUGAAAGCAGGGAGAGGGAAAGGUAGCUAAGACAUCCAGGAGGAUCAAGGGGCAGCGUGAGAGGCACAGGGGGAGGAAAGGGAGAGGGUGAGUGGGGCCAGGGAAGAGAGCGGUGUGGAGUUGGUGGGCAGAUGGUGCAGGAGGAGGGCCGGGCAGUGGGGAGAGGAAGAAUCAGAGCAGAGAAACCGCUGCUGCGGAAGGCAGGGAGCAAAGAAGCAUAAGAAAAAGAACAGGAGAAAGAACAAAGGCAGAGAAGACCUCCUCAGCUAUUUUGGUGCUAGGUAAUGUGAAAUGCUGCAGUAAAUAAAAGCCAUAAGUAAUGUUUGAUUUUACAGUAUUUACAAACCAUAUGCUUUAAACAGCCCACAAACUUCAUCCAGUUGUCUGAUGAUGUGGGAGGACCAGCUCUAGUUAGACGGAGGUAUGUGAUUCGAUUCUGGUGGAGAUUUUGUGCCUUGAAAGACUUCUCAAGAAAGCAGUAAUAAAACAAAGUGUCUUUGUUUGGCCA